ACCCGAUGCGAGCGCGCGAGUUGUAACUUAGCAGACAACUCCAACUCUCAGCGUCGUCGUAUGCUCGGCGCCGCGGCUCCGCGUCGUCUGCUCCGAAGGGUGAUAGAAAGGGCAGAAAAAAGUCGACCGCUCAAUUCGUUUAGGCCUAAAUUGGACAAACUACCACUUAUAGACUGAAGAACGCCGCCUGGUUUGGAUUGGCUGUGCUCCGGACAAUGGAGGGAAUUACGGCGGAAUUACCGUGUCGUUAGACGCCGCUACUUCUACACCGCAUCUGGAGUAUCUCGCGCAAGUGUGGAUACAAGUUGGAUAGGACGUGAUACAAUACAUCCGUCGCUUCGAGGAUUGACGCUGCGAGUGUGUUCUCUGUGCAAAGUUAAGUUGUUUUUUUUUUUUCAUUGCAAGCGUAUUGCUUGGUGGCGGAGACACUUGUUGAUCUUGGGAAUCCUCUUAGAAGACUCAACGUAGAACUGAAAAAUUCGGAGUGCUAGCUUUCUUGCCGGCUACGAGGAAUUUGCAUCGUGUCGCAAAGGGUAUCCGGGAACAGUGGCGCAAUAAUGCAGCGACACUCCUUUCCUCCGUUGGGCUUCACUGCAUUGCGCUGAGCGAGGAAGCGGGCUUUCUGGCUACACCAUCGCGCCCAGGCGGCGGGACGACAAGAGGCUAACCCCUCUGUUCCCAAGCAGCAAAAGUCAUAGCCACACAAAUACACUACCAUGCACGGCUAUACCGAAGAGCUUUCGUACGCCGCCGAAGACCACAAGGGCGACCCCCAGCCACCGACGCCUGCCGGUACCGUAACUCACUAUGCCAGCUCGGAUCCAAUCAAGCUGCUGGCAACGCUCGUUAAACAGACCGCGGUCGCAGCGGCCUCGAACCUUUGCAACAGUACCGCGUCUUGCGCCGGUGUCGUCGACUCGAGGAACGCCAGUCCGGACGCGGCGUACCUGGACGGCGACGAGGACGACUUCUUCGAGUACCCCGGGAACCGGGCCGUCGAAGAGGUGUUGGGAAUCGUGGUUCCCAUCUUGUUCGGUGCCAUCGCCGUUAUCGGCUUCUUCGGCAACGCCCUAGUCGUGCUCGUCGUGCUGUGCAACCCGCAGAUGCGCUCAACCACCAACAUUCUCAUCAUCAACCUGGCCAUGGCUGACCUUCUGUUCAUCGUCUUCUGCGUCCCGUUCACCGGAUGGGACUACACGCUAAACUACUGGCCCUUCGGCGACGUAUGGUGUCGGGUGGUGCAGUACUUAGUCAUCGUGUGCGCGUACGCCAGCAUAUACACCCUGGUACUCAUGUCCCUAGACCGGUUCCUAGCCGUGGUCCACCCAAUCACCUCCAUGUCUGUCAGAACGGAGCGAAACGCGUACCUGGCCAUCCUCUUCACCUGGGUGGUCAUUCUGCUGGCCUGCAUUCCGGCGCUCUUCUCCCACGGCAUGAUCGUUCUCAACGACAGUUUCUCCUCCUGCACGUUCCGAGUGGACCUGGGCUACAACAUCGCGGCAUUCCAGAUAUCCUUCUUCAUGUCCUCCUUCGUGAUUCCGCUGGCGCUCAUCUUCAUACUGUACGUGCUGAUGCUCAAGAGACUGUGGUUCGGGGCCGCGCCCGGUGGCAGGGUCAGCGCGGAGAGCGUGCGAUCCAAGAAACGGGUCACCCGACUCGUCGUGGUGGUCGUCGUGGUGUUCGCCGUUUGCUGGUGUCCAGUGCAGGUUGUCCUGGUGCUGAAGAGUGUCGACAUCUACGGACUGCCGAUGAACCCUCCGCGCAUAGUGGUGCAGAUCGCCUCGCAGAUACUGGCCUACACGAACUCUUGCGUCAACCCAUUCCUCUACGCCUUCCUGUCGGACAACUUCCGCAAGAGCUUCCGGAAAGUGAUCUUCUGCUAUCGGAAGACGCAGGCGGCCGUCGGCUCCUGCCCGACCAGAACGCGAGGAGAGGAGAUCGACUUCGCCGAGCGGGAGACGCUCGCCAACCCGGCCAACAAGGCUCCCAAAAUCAUGAACGACAUCCUGUAACGUUAAGACGGCGGACGGUGCGAUGACUGUCGACAGGAAGCUUCAAGCACCGGAGUGUCUGCACUAAGGACACUGCAAUCCGUCGUUGGGCAGCUAGGUGCCGUGGUGUUGGGCAAAACGAGACUGACCGUCGACUGAAGCUUCAAGCUCCGCGAGUUUCUCAACCAAGGACGCUUCAAUCCGUCGUUAGGCAGCUAGGUGCUGUGUUGUUGGGCAAAACGUGACUUCAGUUUGUGCGUCCGGUCCAGCUCUGCCAACGUGACAACAGCAUUAGGGAAGUUCUUCGCCUGAAUGUACAUCGUUCAAUCAAGAUUCAGCCUAUACUGAGCAGUGAAUAACGCGACAGAGGUUCACUAUACCCGGUUACAACAUAAAAAAAAUGUGCGCUCAGCCCACAGAAUUAUAGUAACGCACCUGUCAUUCACCUGUGAAAGACAGUCAUGCUAGCUGGUUUCCGCUCGAACUGUAAGCGCUUUUACUCGGCUAAUGUAAAUACCGCACAUUAUUAAAAGCCUGUCGUUGCUGCCCAAAGCAUUACGUCUGGCUGAGCAUACGCCAGGAUCCCUGAUGAAAUUUACCAGGACGUUCGAGUUUCCGAUCUGAAACUAGCAACGCUAACGUGUCUAUAUGGGAAAGUAAACUAUCUGAAACAUUCGAGAAGUCUUUGACGUCACGAGUAAGCGCAAUUGGAGGGAACAUUUAUGAAGACUUCCUGUGGGAGGGACAGCGACGGCCUGUUGCCGGAGCUGACAUUUUUUCUGACGUCGUAGCCGACUAUAGCCAAUAGAAAGGCUAGCUUCUCCGCUUCACUGGCUAUUGGGACGUAACACCGGCUCUUCAAGACGCUGUAAAUCGCAGACGGGCCCAUCUGUGUCGUUAGAAAAUGCAACGGUGCUCUCAGUCACUCGGCCCAAUGAGACAUAAAUGACUGCUCGUUCAUCCGGGUGUUACGUAGAUUUCUGUAUUCCAUCGCAAUGUUUGAUGGUGCCUUUGGUGUAUUUGCGCGAUAUGAACAAAAACCUGCACAACCAAAGGCAAAGUUGAAGAACGCUUCAGAGACUGAAUACAAACUAUCUUUUUUUUUUCAGUGUAGAGAACGUUCUCUUGAUGCCCUACUAGUGAGUUUGACCGAGAUGAGAUAUCCAAUCGCCGUAUCAAGUUGACAACAUAACCUAUCAAACGGACGAAACACAAAAGAAGGAAAUAUGGUAAUUUACCAUGUUCGAAUGACGUCUGCGCCUCCAAGGUUGCUUUAUUCUUAAGAUUCGUAACCUUUAAAUGAGACUCUAUGCAUCCGCAUGCUUUUGCAUGAUAACCAAAAACAUCGCACAUACUUCGGUUAAGGGAAAGUGUGAUUGUGAUCGAGGUGAAAAAGCCCAUUCCACAGUGGUGUUUUACCCAGGAGAGGCGAAACCAAGUUGCCUCAUAGGACUAAGAACAGUUGUUAACAUCAAGCCUGAUAUCAUUGUUUUGUGAACUGAUGAAGCGGAUCGACACAACCACACUUUCUUUGGCUGCCGUUUAUGAUGCGCAAAAAGUUACAAUAACACUGUUAUUAUUGGGUCACCGUCGAUCGUAAGGUUAAAAAUAAACGGAGAAGGGCAUGCCUCAUCAAAAUACUGGUUCCAAUAAGGACAAAGCAGCUGCAUCAGUUUUACCAAGCCCACAUGAAAGCGGCGAUGAGCUAUUAUAUCUGCAGUCCAACGUGUACAGUGGUACUGCGAAGAAAACCCAGGCUUGAGUGGUCAGUGUAAAUAUGAAUGUUUAUAUCCUCGAACCGAGAUCGCUGCAAUCACGCACCCUCCAUUAUGCACAGAACACACGAUAACGUUAAGCAGCUAUCCCCGUGUACUCUCCCGUACGUACGACACGUCAAGUGCUUUUAAUUAUGCUCGUAAACGUGUGCAUUACCUGUUAUUUGACCAACCUUCUUGCACUUUUUGAAGAUGUUUACGUGUUCAUAUGCUUAGAGCACGUUUCUCAUUGAGGGCGAGCUUUAGAAGAUGCAAAAUGCAGGAAUGAAUUGCUGAAUUUGUAUUUCCCACUCGGGGCGUACUGAACAGCAGAUUCAAAAUUGGUUCAUUCUAACUCCUGUUCCUCCGUAUACCUUUUCAACAGCUAACUUGCUAUGAAUGUUUUCCCAAGUUCCUUAACACACGAUACAGUAGGCGCGACAGGUGACAUACCUCUGGGAUAGACACCAAAAAUCAGAUCAAAUCGCGAAUCUGUGCGCAUACACGAUCAACACAGGAACCUAGUGCUGAAAAUUGAGACAGCUAACGAGCAAGGUACAGGCGCUUUAAUGUAUUAUUUUCUCACUUGCAGUGAAAUGUACUGUUUAUUGUUUGACAAUUUUGCAUUAAGUAUGGUAAAUUUUCGCAAUAUUCAUGGUGAAUAGAGGAGCAAUUUUGUACGCGUUCUGUGACAGAACGAAACGAAAAGUCACGAGAGGGAGGCGCACGGGAGGGGUCGAGGUUCUUCUAACGGUCAGACGUGAGAAUAGCAAUCGGAAAAGGCAGUGCUCUCAAUCAUUUUGGCGAAAAACGGGCACGUCAGAUAGAACGGAUAUAGAAAGGUCUCCGGACGACUUGGAUUGGAUCGAAACGUAAGCGUUGGGGCCGGAGAAUCGAAUUAGCCUGCUUUGUGUCUGGCACACUCCAAUAUUGCACAGAGAGUUUGCGAAAAUUGCAAACAGCACCCCCCCCCCCUCCCCACCACCGAACGACUCGUGAAAUUGCGACACCACCUAGCGCCCACUCAAGACAUUAACCCAAAUAUAUAGGUAAAGUCAUGGCGCUCUUCAAUUUCAAGCUUUGAAAAAUAAUGCCCCCCAAUAGUGACGUUCAGCUACUAAAUUCUAUAUUUCUUCAUGCGCUGAAAACAUUUCUGAACUCCCUCAGCUCGCCUAUUGGCUGUUUCCCUCCUCUCGCCCUCUUGUGACGUUUCGUUCCGUUCGGUCAAAGGACGCGUGCAAGAUAUCUCCCCUGGCUAACUCAAGAAUAAGGCAUUUCGAUGUGCUAGUUGGGUCCGUCACGUUAUAACUCACUAUCUUGUAAAAUAUUGCUGUGGGCAAUCGGUAAACAAGUGGUAUUGUCUACUUCAAGGCAGCAACAAGAUGCCUUGUCUUUUUCAGUUGCUGCCUUGCAGAACACAAAGACAACUUGUCGAAAGGCUGGCUUCAGCGAUACGCCGUGUUCAAUGAUGCUUAAUCUCUUCAAACUUCCAUCUACCCCUAAAAUUUUGCCACGCUUCGGAAGUGGAAGGUAAAUUGCUGAAGCCUCUACGUAACUGCUUCCGGAACUUAUCCACUGGACACCGGCGUCCUUCUGGAGCCUCUUCUGCUCUGCGGACAACUUACAGAAAGAAACCUGUUCGCAAUGGACGCCGUACCCUCAAGAGCCUAUCCUCUAGGUGGACGUCUGAUAAGUGCCGCUCUUUAAGUUACCAGUGCUAAUCUAUAAAUGGCAUGUGCUACCUUAUCAACCUUCAUCCUUCUACUGAAUGCGUGUCUUCUACCCCGGGACGCUACAACCAGGUCUUCUUUUCACGCCGUAUGGCGCCGUGCGUGUUGUGUACUAGUGUCCCAUCCAGGACUAGAAUGGUGGAAUGUUGGAAAACCUUCGUAGCGUACAUGGACAGGCAGUGAAUGUGUGUGCGUGUAUGUGUGCCGUUUUAACUUAUCUAUCGUGGCCUAUGCCGUGUUCAUGAAGAAGAAGACGAAGAGGAAAGAAAAAAAAAAACACACACCAACGUCGCGCUCCUCGUGACCUGCAAUUCUUGCGCUGCUUAUAAAAACACACAGUGUCAUCUCGGUGCUUCAACUGUGAUGAAAGCCAUGUAACUUAUAUUUUCUCUCUCUCUCUCGUUCUCCCUACAUGUCUGUGUGAGAAAUUCCAUAGCAUUUCCAAGAGUGCAAGUGUUCGUGUUCCGAUGCCAAACAUAAACGCUCUGUGUAUGCCCUCUAUGCUUGUGCGGUGUUUUGUUCAAAAUUAAAUUUUGCACCUCGAUCGUCCAAUGGAAACGAAAAAGAAAGAUGUUAUCUAAAUAAUGUUAUCUAAAUGUUAUCUAAAUAUCGAGGUGCGGUACCACUAGCUAUACUUUUUUGCUGUUGUUACCCACAAUACAUGUAUGAUGUGGAGGGUAAAAAGCCAAAAUUAAUGAUGUUACAUGAAGUAAAAGAAAUAAGCAUAUGGACUGUUUGUUAUCUUAGGCGUUUAUAGUCGAAGGUAUAACGUAAAACUGUGUUCCUUGCUAUGGCAAGAAAAAAAAAUAUGUGAGAGACAUACCUGAAAAGUUGUUACCGCCUUGUUGAAUGCUUAUUUCAGGCAACCUGGGAGAUGGAGUCUACAGGAAGAUACAAAUGAAACAUCAAUAAAAUAAUCAUGACAGCGUAAUUGUUUCUCCCUACUUGUACAAUACGGAAGGUUAAAAAAAAACAAAAGCAAAGCACGACGCAAUGAUGCCAAGAAAGAAAACGCCAAAAACUGC